AAUUAUAUGCAAUACGUCCCACUCAAAUUUGCCUGAGCACUGGGCUGUCGAAUCCUCACACUUGUGUGAAAGACAGAUAGCGAGAGGGAAGAGGUGUGAAAAAGAACAUGGAGCCUGGCGACGGAGGCACGGCAUAAUUGCAGCCUCUUCCUGCUGACCUGCACUGCAAGGGCGCCGGUGGCAACAGAGAAGAAAGGAAGUAAGGGAGAGAGAGAUGGGGAGGUGUCAGAGGACAAGACCUGGUUCAUCGCUCUCGAAGCGAGCAGGUCACGCUAUCUGGACAGGACUCUUCCACGGGUAGUGAUAGUAGUAGUAGUCGUCGUCAUCGUCAUCGUCGCCGUAGUAGUCCAGGCUGCGAAGGAGGAGGAGGAGGAGGAGGCUGCAGCAUUGUCGUCCUCGUGGCCGUCGGUCCCCUUCCUCUCGUGAGAAGUCCGCGCCUGACGGGGAUACAUGGGGGGCCAUAGAUGCUGCCGCUGCUGCCAUCCUGGGCCCAUCCUAUAUAACUGACGAUGAUGGUGAUGAUGAUGAGGCGGAUGAUGGUGGUGGAGGAGGUGGUGCUUAUUAGCUGCCGAUGUGUGUGUCGACAAUUUGGUCAAGAUUCGGGUGCCAAAGCGCUGCUUUGGUGAUGAUGGUGCUGUCUGGGGAGCGGAGGGUUGCGGGCUGAGCGGCAGAUAGGGAGAGAUCGAGAGCGAGAGCGAGCCAGAGAGCAGGAAGGAACGCCGCAGGCUAGGCGCGGGCGAAAUGCAGUGCAGUCCAUUCUGAGCGGGUGCAAGGUUGGUUUUUUUUUAUGACUAGCCAUCGAGAGCCGUGAUGCGAUUUUUCUUUUUACUAUAGUGCUCGGUUGUCAGAGCCUGUCGGUUGGGUGAGUCGCCGCCUGCAUCUUCUUCGGCGAGCCUCCUUCGUGGGCAGGUGGCGGAGGCUGUGAUGAAGUUGGCUUCCAUUGAAUGAGGGCUGAAGUUAUCGUGCAUAUUUGCGUCUCGUCCAUUGCAGUUUGUGUUUGUGUUUGUGUGUUUUUUUUUUUUUUUUUUUUUUUUUUGAAUUUUUGAAAUUUAUAUUAAAUUGUGUGUUUGAGUUAAGUGGGUGAACGAGUGGGUCCCUGCCUUGGGUAGGGUUGGGGAGAAAGUCCGGGGCGUCAUUUGACUUGAGUGUGUCAGAGCACAAAAAAGCAGAAGAGUGGCGCGAGAGAGGUCUUGUUCCUUCCGAGUCGCAAGCCCGCAUGCGCGAGCCUCGCCUUUAUUUGGAGGGUGUUUCGUUGUCGCAGAGCCCCCAGGUGCUACGUCUCAGAAAGUCUAGCCGUGACUUGUUGCUCAAAAGCUGUGGUUCUCUCUCUUGAUCAUCCACCUCGACAUUCGUGCUUGCUCUAGCUCACCCUUCCUCAUUGCGUGUCUCUCUUUGUCUGUUGUCAGCCGGAAACCAAUCAUCUCUUGCACUCCUCCGCAUCUCCCUUCCUGACCUGCGCACGAAGGGAAUUCGUUGAGCAUCUCGUAUCCUUCCGCAUUGAAAGCUAUCUUCCUUACUGCAUUCUCUCUCUCUCUCUCUCUCUCUCUCUCUGCUUCCCCCUCCACCACUGUGUAUGUGUAGCUCUUCUGGCUCCACAUCUUUUGAGCACUCUUCACGGGGCAUUGCAAGCGACAGGCAAAGCCGGCGAGGCUUCCACUCCUAUCAUUCAUACCAUUAGAUAUGUUCUCGUGACAGUUUUGAUUGUGCAAGGGACAUGCAGGGUUAGCGCUAGGCAUAAAAGUGGUCCAAAUCUUAAUGGUGGCCAGAGUACAUUGACACAAGGUGCUGUGUAGCCCCUCUUAGUUCGAUUUAGAGGUCAGUGAGAUGACGUCCGGGACGCGCCUGCCCACAUGGAAGGAGCGAGAGAACAACAAGAGGAGAGAGCGGCGCCGGCGCGCCAUUGCGGCCAAGAUCUUCGCCGGCCUGCGCCUUUAUGGCAACUACAAGCUGCCGAAGCACUGCGACAACAAUGAAGUUCUCAAAGCGUUGUGCGUGGAGGCGGGCUGGACGGUGGAAGAGGACGGCACCACGUACCGCAAGGGCUCGAAGCCACCGGCGCAGCCCAUGGAGGUCUGCACCUCCCCAUCUGAGGUGAGCCCUACGAACUCCUACCCGGGUGCCACCGAUGGCACUUCCCUGAUUCCAUGGCUGAAGGGGCUGUCUUCCAAUGGAGGCAGUGGGGCAGCCACCCCGAGCAGCAGCGCGGGUCUUCCGCCCUUGCACGUAAUGCAUGGAGGCUCCUCUAGCGCACCCGUCACGCCACCACUGAGCUCUCCCACUCACCGUGGUCCUCCAGUCAAACCAGAUUGGGAUCACAUCAAGGAGACUGAUCACCAUCCCCACGGGUUUCCUCCAACCGGCACGCCCACAUGGAACCAUCACCCUUUCCUGGCCGCGGCUGCCGCCGCAGCUCAAGCUGCUGCUUCAAAUCAGUCCCAUCUCCGCCCUGGCUACUGCGACACUCCGGACGGCGCUCGCACUCCCAUUGAAGAGGGAGAUUCUGAAAUCUCUCCAGAGGCGGCUCUUGAAUUUGCUACCGUCUGUGGCUCCAACUCCAGCAAGUGGGCCAACGGGGUUAGGGUGCGGACGAGCUCGGAAGGGCGGCUGCUGAGCGGGAUGGCGGGUCUGGGGCCUUUCCCAUCAGCAAAUAGCGAUUCCCCCUUGGAAACUUUCUCCCAUCCCUGGCGGAAUCCGAUGCAGAAGUCCAUCAGUAUGCCUGUUUCUCCCGUUUCUUCUCGGAUGAAGGGCUCAUUUGGGGAUAGGCUCGGGAGGUGUCCAUCCGAGCUGGAGUUCCCCGGCGCUGUGCAGGGAUUGGGGUCGCUGUGGGAUGGCCUGGCUCCUGAGGUUGGGGGGAAGAUGAAACUGCCGGCGGACGAUUUGGAGCUGAAGCUUUGAGGAGCCUGCAGCAGCGUCAAGGAAGCUUUUGGAAUCGAGUCCAUUUUAAUUUUUUUGCCUUCGAUUUGUGUCAUAAUUUGUGACUAAUGUAGACUGGGUUAGCGGUGCGAGGGGACUGUUCAUCUUCAUUAGUGCGGAUUAGCACUAAUUUCCCAGAAAAAAAGGUUAACGAUGUUCAAGAGUGGUUCGUGGUGUCGUGUCGAUCGCCACUGAAGCCGUUCAGGUUAAGGUUUGGGUUUUCCAAGCGGUGCACUUUAAGGAUGUGGAGUUAGUGAGUCGUUUCGUGGAAGAUACAGAUUGAAUGGCCAACACGUAGAGCUCGUGCUACUCUGUCUGUACAAACAAAUGCUGUUAAUAGUCAUUUGACGUGAUUUGAAACAACACUACUUUGAGCUGAGUGAGGUGACUCAAUUUUAUCAUCUA